AUUAUAACAAAAAAAGUUAGUAUAGUCGAACCUCAAUGUUUUUAUCUGUUUUAGUUAAGUUAUUGGAGUUUUCCCCUUGGGACCUGCUAAGGAGAUGAUCAUUUUUCACUUAUAUCGUAUAAACUUGGUUCUUGCUGAUUCCAAUUUGACCAUGCAUUGAUUUAUAAACAACCCAACUAUCGAGAGUAAACCCACUAGUUGGUACACAAUCAUAUCCCAACCAGUGAGGUUCUUUCUCUUGUCUCUAAGCAUACUCCUUUCACGCUGCAGGAAUACUGUGAAUGUUGCUUAUUUUGAACAGGACCAUUAAAAGCGAACAUUUGAUAUCACACAACAAAAUUUCAUUUGAUCAUUUUUUUUAUAUAAGAUUCACUCUCACUCGAUAUCUUGAAUGACGCACAUACAUGUAUUAACUAUGCUGAGCGGUUUUUGGUGGAAUAGUCAUAUCUAUCAGUGGAGGUUUGAUAAAGUGAACACGACACCAAAACUAUGUGUACGGCAAGUGAUACAAUUCUUAUCACCUUGAGGAAUUUCUGAGUUGAGCUACAUAUUUGCAAGAUCAUGAAGGAUUUGUGUGGAAAGUUGUGUCGCUUUGAUUAGAUUAACUGGAUGUGCUGUUUGCUUGUAAGAAGGUUUGUGAAGGAAAUUGGAAUUAGUUUUGAACUAACCUUACAUUGACAAGCAAAUAAGUCAUCAGUACACACGUUCAAUAGUGCACUACAGUUAACUUAUUCUUAAUGCUACAAACUGCAAAAUGGUUGUAAUUGUGUCAAAAGUAUGUGAAAUCUUAUUGUGUAUUAUACGUAUGUGUGCUCACUUGUUGAUAAAUGUUUUUUUUUUAUUAGUGACAGGUUGCAUUUGCACUGAUCAAGUAAUUUGCAACGAUCGCCUCCUUCCACAAAGAACAAAAGGGGUUUGUGCAAUCAUUUACUAGUGGCAAAAGUUCAUGCUAAAAUAGUUGUACGGUGUCAGUAGAUGCCAUAUCAACGAUUUACCUUAGGGGUAAUAGUUCAAUUGAGCGCAUUAAUGUUGUAAGAAAGGAAUAUUUCGCAUCAUUUUUCUAACUUCCAACUGCAUAACGGAUUUAGGGUAUGUAUUAUUAUUUAUAUUAUACUAUAUUGAUUACCAUGCAGCGUUACAGUUAAAAUAUCACUAAUCUUACUCUAUCUAACACAAACACAUAAAGCAUAUUUUUGUAAUUGCAGCAUAUGACAUUAAAGUACUUUACGUAUUUUCCUCAAUUUUCAAUUGUUCAUGAACACUGAAUCAGUGAUGUCUUGUGCUGCUGCAACUAUAUGCUGAUAGAUUAUAUGGUUUGUGAUAAAUGUUUAUUGUUUUGUGAUAUUUUUUGUAACCCCUAAAGAUGUAAUUCUUUUCAGCUGCAUCUGCACUAUGGGAAUUAAUGCACAAAGGGUAUAGGUACAAUUAAUUUUUAUAAUGUUACGCUACAAUGUAAAUCGAAACAAUUGGCAAUUAAGCUUGAAACAUCGAGAUUGAAAUUAACCUGUCUAUUUUCCCUUGCUAUCUAUGACUUUAAUUAGUGUGGUAAUAUUGAGAUAUUUGUAUCGAAAUAAAUUAAGAUCAUUCAUCAUUACAUGAAGUAGUAACUACUAAGUAGUAACUGUCAAACUAAAGGGGCGUCUUUUUGGAUGCUAUUAGCAGUUCGCACUUUUUUAACAGCUGAAUACUGUUCGCCUUCCAAUGAAAAUUGAUCAUCCAUUAAACUAAUUGAUCAUACAUUAAAAUAGCAUUACAAAUACCGAUUUAACAAACAAAACUAAUAUAAAAUGUGGGAAGAGAAGAUACAAACAUACCAUUCUUUAUAUUUCAAGUUUAGAUAACAUUUACAUCGGUUUAAAUUAUAAUGUAUCAUUUUGGAAUUGUUGGUCAAAGUGCAGAAAUCGUUAGCUGCAGCAAAAAAAUGGGAACUUUCGCAGUUCCCCGUCUGGAUGUGGGUCGAUAUUAAGCAAUCAGACAUUAUAUUGAAGAUUUUUGUUUUCCAGCAAACCAGCUAACAUGGAAGGUGCUAGAGGACGAUCUAGCAUGCACGGCAAUUCCUAUCAUCUGCGUAUGGCAAUGGUGGUACUGCUUCGCGCUUUCACCCUACGCCGUGAAGACAAGUUAUCUGAAUUUAAAAUUACUAUGGAAGAUCCCAAUGCUGGCAAAUUUGAUGACGUCGUAUUUCAGUACUCAUCGCCAUGUACACCGAAAGAUCUCGCUUAUGUUUAUAUACAGGCGAAACAUAAGCAGACAUCAGAUCGCGUAAGAAAUGUACCAUCAAUUACGGAAGCUACUUUGCUUACCAAAUGGAACUCGAAGGGCGCUUUUUCUAUUCCCAUGUACUUUGUGUCAUACCUGAACGGGUAUGAAGAAUCCUUGGUGGGUUCUCAUACUUAUAUUUUGUGUACCAACGCAUCAAUUGAUAGACACCUGCUGGAAUAUAUGACAAUACAGACACAAGAAGUCGACCAUAUACUGUCAUUCUGCGAUGCGAUAGGGGGCACAUGUUACAGCUUCAGUAGCGAAAAUGAAUUUAAAACACUCACGAAUGAGUUAAGAAACGCAAGCUUAGAAAAAUUAGGACAGAUGAUCGCGCAACACGUCAAAAACAAAAAACCAAUUUCUUGUAAUAUAUGUAUAUUUAACAUUUACGUUACUUUAAUCGCUAAAUUUGUACACGAACUUGAUACCGGGAUAUUUCAAUUCAAUGAAGGCUUUCGCAGUUCAGAAGAUUCAACGGCCAUAGGAAUAGUACGGAGUGGUUUUAUGGAGGAAUAUUUAAAAUCUAACCCAAAAGCAGGUCCAACAGUCGAGUGGGAGAAAAUUCAAAUUAUGGUUGAUCAACCAUUGUCUAAUUCUAUUUUAAAAGCUUCUUCGGAAAGCUCUGAAGAAACUUCAUGCUAUGAUAUAGUUAAUAUAGUUAUUCAACAGUUUUAUAAAAAAAUUUAUAUUAGUAUGCGGAUCGAUGAAUGCGACACAACUUGGCCAGAAAAUUAUGGAUAUAAUGCCAAAUUGGAUGCAGAAAGUAACAGCAUUCAACAACCUGACAAAUUUGCUGCUUAA